UUCCCUCCGCCUAUCGCCGCCGUGGUCCUCCGUAUGAACAAUCGAGCAAUCGAGGAGGGACGAAUCACCUGUUAAAUCUCUAAACCUCUGAGAAAACCUAAACAAGUUUCUUUCUCUUAUCAAUGGCGGUUGAUACCAAUUUCGCAUCGCUGUUUGAUAAGCUGAAGCCAGAAGACGCAUGGCUUCCUCCAAGACCUUGGGAAUCUGUUCCAUCUGAAGCGGGAAUUGCCUACUCGAAUGCUUCAUUUUCCCAGUCUUCUUUCAGUAAACCUCUAUAUGAUACUUCUACUGUCUCUGAAGCAAGUUUGGUUAGGCUUGCAAUGAAUGCACUACAAGGUACAGAGUCUUCUCUUUUAUCUAUUGAGAAGCUCUGUGCUAAAUUCUCUUGUGAGUCAUCUGACAGAACCUUCCACCGAAUUAACAACCUGUGGAACCGUUCAUCUAGCACUCUUUCCCUAGGGAAGAUAUUGAAGUCCAUUGGAUUCUCAGGGUGCACCAUCUUUCUUCUCCAUAAAUUUGUAGAAGAAUUUUCAUAUGUGAAUGUUGAUGAGAUCCUUAAAUGUGGUAAGCAGUUGAAUUCGGAAAAUUCCAAUGAUAACAGAGGGUCCCUCAAACAUGGACUUGUCAAUCAGGCAUUCUCUAGUGCUCUGAAGAAGAUAUUGGAAGGUUUUAUUUCCUCUAUCUCUACUUUGUAUGCAUCAGUUGGUCUGAGGCAUUUUUCAGAGACCAGUCAUCCUUCUUGCUCAAAUCAGGGAGUAGGCCAUUUAGGAAGUGUGACCCAUUCUGAAGCUACUUUGUUGGAAGUUUUCCUGCAUACAAAGGAAUUGAGAACACAAAUUGAAGCUCUUGGAAAUAUCUGUUGUGUAUACAACACGUCUGUCUCCUUCUCUGUUAUUCCCUUACAAGAAUUAUAUGUAAAAGCAAAGUCAGAUUUCCAUGACUUCCCUAGCGGUGCUGAUCUGCUCACUUAUUUGUAUGCACAAUUACGGGUUGCAGAUCCAUCCCACUCCGCCCUCCUCAGAUUUCUAUUUCUCCAUGCAUGUGAACCAUAUUUUGAAUUUAUAAGAUCAUGGAUUUUCAAUGCUACACUCAGUGAUCCUUAUGAGGAAUUUUUAGUAGGGUGCAAUGACAAGACAUCAUCAUAUUUGCCAACUGAAGCUUCGAGCUUGAAUUGCCCUUCAAUGGCAACUGUCAGGGAGCGUGAUGGAGUUGCCAUUCCUUGUUUUCUAAAAGAAUACUCAGGUCCUAUUAUCAGAGCUGGUCAGCAGCUUCACGUGUCUCUGAAGUUACUUGAGUUAUGUAAUAAUCCAGGAAGCACAAACCGUAUCUAUGAAGACCUUCUUCCUUCCUGGAGUGAUUUCUCAUGUGAUUCUCCAUUUUACUCCUCUAUUUUGACUUUUGAUAAAAGAAACAUCAACACCCUGUUCAAUGCAAGAAGCAGCUACUAUAAAACAAUGCUGGAAAAACUUGACACUGUCUUGGAAAACUUGGAGGUAACAUAUCAACAGGUAGCUUUGCGGGGCAAUGCUAUGGGUUGGGCGCAUAACAAUCAAGGAUAUCCAUAUAUUCCUAUGCCUGUUAUAAAUGAUGAGGAUGUCACUUAUACUAUAUCUGAUGAUGUAAAUUUGAACAGCGCUCAUGAUGCCGAGGAAUCUGAGGAAUCAAGUAUGAGAAGUGAACUCUCUUAUAUGGAGGAUCAGGCUGAUUCUUCUGAGUGCUCGUCAACAUGCGGGUCUGAAGAGCAAAGUGAGCCUGAGCAGUUAAUUCACAGUUCUAAUAGCUUUGCUGGGCUUGACCAGAAAUAUUUGUCUUCCUUAAACAUUAUCUCCAGUACCAUGUCUGACAAUUUUUUCCAGAAACCUUUUCAGCAUGUUCUGAAGGACAUGGACAGUGUUUUGAGUAAAAAUUGUGAGAACACUGAUACUCUUGAUCAGUUUAAAGAACCUCCUCAUAAGCAAACAGGUUACUCAAAUGAUGGUUCCCUGCAACUAGAGUUGGAUUGUUCUCAAAGCUUGCAGCCGCCUGGUUUUGUGAGAAAUGGUUUCCACUUUGACAGACAUCUUCUAGAUAGAAACUAUUUCCUUACCUCUGACUUUCAGCUACCAUUUAGUGGAGGAAUUUCAAAUGCUAUGGAGAAAGAAAUGUCACACCCCUGUAGUACAAUUUCAAACAGAAAGGAUUCAAACAAGAAAACCACUGAGGUGGCUAACUUUGCAGACCAACAACAUUCUUCAUUAGAUUCAUUUGUUCUGCAGACCCAAAAGCAUAAAAACCUCUCCCAUCUUUUUUGCAUGAAUCCUACAUGGAUUGAAAAUAAACUCUUGGUUAAGUCAGGGGGCAGUUACUACACAGAUCAUGGAGAAUCAUUUUCUUUCUUUGAUUUUUCAUCUGUGAAAGACCCUUGUAAAGUAUAUGUGGAGAAUACUACAAGUCAAAGAAGUUGUAUACACGAGCCUAGAAUUACUCAGAAUUCUAAUACUGGUGCUGGUAUGAGUGCUUCCUAUGAUUAUACUCAAUUUACUGCCAAUAACAUCACACAUGAGGAAACCAUGACCUCUCAUGGGAAGUUAACAGUAUCAUUGGAUGACAAACAAGAAGAUAUUUCCUCAUUUUGUUUUGGUGUUAAUGAUUUGCAAAAUAUGCCUAGCUCAUCUGCUGAAUCUUUCAACACCAGUGACAGGGGAACCAUGCCUUCAACUCCUACAUUUGAAAUGCCACUUGAUUUUGUCAUUGAGAAAUGCCUCUUGCAGGAGAUUCGGCUUCAAUAUUCCUAUGUGAGCAAGUUAACUAUCAAACUACUUCUUGAAGGAUUUGGUUUGCAAGACCACUUAUUGGCAUUAAGGCGCUACCAUCUCAUGGAAGUGGCAGACUGGGCAAAUAUAUUUGUCACAGCUCUUUGGAAUCAUAAAUGGCAUGUAAUGGAGGCUAGUUCAGAAGUGUCAGAAAUUCAAAGAUUACUUGAGUCAUCAGUGCAGAGAUCUUCAUGUGAAGGGGAUAAAUACAAGGGUAACUUAUAUGUCUAUUCCAAGAGGAAGGGCAUAAUGACUUCAUCUAUAUCAGGCAUAGGAGUUGAUUCAUUUGACUUCAUUGGCUUGGGAUACAUGGUGGAUUGGCCGGUAAAUAUGGUUUUGACUCCAGAAGCCUUGGAAAUGUAUACACAUAUAUUUAAUUUUCUGAUGGGAGUCAAGCUUGCUGCCUUCUCACUAGCUGAUAUUUGGUGCUUAUUGAAGGACCAUCAUUCUGGACAACAUGAACCACAUAUUGGAGAAUUCAACAUGCUAACCAAGAUGAGGCACCAAGUUGAUCAUUUUGUCUCAACAUUGCAGCAGUAUGUCCAAUCACAGCUAUCCCAUGUAUCCUGGUGCGAGUUUCUGGAUUCUCUGAAACACAAGGUCAAAGAUAUGAUGGACCUGGAAACACUACAUAUGGAAUAUCUAGCUAAUUCCAUGCACGUAUGCUUCUUGUCUGACGAAUUGCAGUCGGUUGGUGCCAUAAUCCGAAACAUUUUGCAAUGUGCUGUGGACUUCAAAUCCUGCUCGACUGUAGGAGUAGCAGAUGCGGCUGGUGUCGACAGAGAUUUGUUUGGCAAACAUUCUUGCAUCAACAUUUCACAGGUGUUGGCAAUUAAGCAAACUUUUGACAAGAAUCUGAAGGAAUUAUAUUUGUGCCAUCUCAAGUCAUCAAAACACACGGAAUAUCGCGGUGUUUCGCGUUUCUGGCGAUAUCUCAAUUAUAACGAGUUCUACACAGAUACAGAUUAUGAAAUAACUCGCCAAACACUUCAACUUUGACCAUAGUUGGAACAAAACAUCAACAUGGUAUUUGGUUUUUCACUUUUAUCAUAUUUUCCUUUUCGGUAUCUUCAUAUUGAAAUACCACGUCUUGUCUUUUUUGUUUCAUCCAAGGAUGUCUCAUAAGAUUGCAUUGGCAUCUCUGAUAUAACGAUUAACCGUUGAACUAGCACAUCCGUUUUCGUAGAAAAGAUUGAUUCUUACUAGAUAUAUAUCCUAGUUAG